AUGGCAUCGCAACCCCAGGAACGGCUCGCGCGGCUGAAGCGGCCUGUGGGCAGCCGGCCACCGACCGACCGGAAGCUGGACGACAGUUGUACACUUGAUGGGAAGAGCCUGUCGUACCUCACUCCAGGACAAUGGCUAGACGAUGGUACCGUCAACACCUUCCUCAAGAGUCUCUGCCUGGCGCGACCGGGCAAAUGUGUCACCUUCGACAGCGCCGCUCUCCUGCCCUUGCUAGCCACGCUCGGAUCUGAGGAAACGACACAAACGGCGGUCGACGAACUUUACAAACCUCUCAGGACCUUGGCCGCUACCGUCACCGGCAAUGACGGUUUGGUGUUUAUGCCAUUCUGCGCAGAAGGCCACUGGGUCUUGGCAGUUGCUGAUUUCCAGAACAAGGUAAUCCGUGUGUACGACUCUAUGGUGGACUGUACCGAAGCUGGCGAGGUAGAUCCGAGUAACCUCGUGCAGACAAUACUCCCAUGCGUCAAGGGCAUCCUGAGUUUCUGCAUCGACGAAGACCAGUGGCCGGUAGAACACAUGUGGUUGCCGAUAAAACCGAACACCACAGAUUGUGGCACCUACGUCUGCCUGAUGGCGCUGCAGCACGCCUACAUGCCCGGGUUCCAGCCCGACGACUACGUCACCCGGUUCUAUGAUUGGAACAGAAACUGGUCAUAUUACGAGCUGGACGCGUGGUACUGGUUUGCGGGCCGGAAGAUCAUCCUCGAAGUCUGCAGGAGAUACUUCAAACCCACCUCUACCGACACACCACGGAUGCCUUUCUUCGUGGAACAAGACAUCAACAAGGCUCUUUGGGAUUUCGCUGGCUUCCCACCGGCAAUAGCGCCCUUCUCUUGUCUCAUGCCGUAUUUUUAUGCACGGUCACAGACUCUGUACCGAGUCAUAAACGCCCUCACAUGGGCUAUCAACUCGAUCCACAGCCUUGGUUCCACGCUACACGUUCAUUCCAGCGAAUCGAUCCAGAACAGGGCACGUGAGGUGGUCCUCACGCCGCGGGGGGAGCCCUUCUUGGACGAAAUCGUGGAUGAGGCCGUGAGCUACGCGUGGCACGACGUUGAGGCGCUCCAAAACCUGGAGGAAGACCUCAGUCGGGUUUGGAACCAAUUGUACCAAGAGGAUUGUUAUACUCAAGUUCGACUGAAUGCCUGGGCGGCUGAUGUGGAUUCCUGGGCGGCUUAUGUGGCCCAGGUGGAACAAGACGCAGAGCAGGCUCCAAGCUUUACGGAUCAUGGCUCACCAUCCUCGCCCGGCAGGGAGUGA